CCCUGCUGGUGGCCGUCUCCCUCGCCGUGGCCAUCUUCUUCCUCGCCAAGAGCGGCAUGGGCCAGUCCGGAGGCUUGCACAACGAGGCGACGUCGCACCAGGGCCCCGAUCUGAACGGCAAGGAGCCCCCGACAGGCGACUGGAGCACGGCCGACGAGAUGCCCGCGGCCCCGGACCACGGCGACGACGAGGACGCCGACGACGCGCUCACGCUGCCAGGUUCCCCUGGACGGCCCGCGGAAGAGGAGGCAUCCAGGGACGCGUCAACCUCCACGUCGUCCACCUCUACCUCCUCCACGACCACGACAACGUCCACCACGAAGAGGGUGUCGACGACGACGCCGUCCUCCAGCGGCGCGGACGCUGAGCCCGUCGGCAACGGCAGCGUGCCGCCGGUCAACCAGACGGCGGCGUCGGGAUCAAAGACUGACGACGACGAGGAGAUGGUGUACGACACGGACGAGCUGGUGAUCGAGGGCGACGACGGCGACGCCGAGUACGAGGGCGACACGGAGCAGACGCUGCCCGAGUUCCUCGAGUCCAUCCUCAGCCUGUGGAGCUCCACGCCCGCGCCCAGGGUGCUCAACGGCCACCGCUACGGCGACACGCAGGCUGGAGACCAGUGGCCAGUGGCGAGCAGCUCGUCGCCGUCGCCGUCCACCAGGGCGCCCUCCCCCGCCGUGCCGUCCGUGCCGCAGGUGCCUGCACUGCGCUCCUCCGCCGACCUGCACGCCGCGCUGCCCUACUUCGAGCUGGUGGCGCAGUCGGGCUGCUCGGCGCGCGUCAGGGCCUUCCUGUGCCCGCUGCUGGAGCCCGAGUGCGUGCCCAGGGGCGUGCAGCCGCGCCGGCCGUGCCGCAAGCUGUGCAGAGCUGUGGCCGAGGACUGCCAGGACUUCAUCCUCAACAACUUGGACCUGUCGCGAGUGUUCGACUGCAGCUACUACCCGGACAGCCCGCACGGUGACGAGUGCCUGGACCUGAGUGCAGGAGGUGGCAGCUGCCUUCCCAGGGAGUUCGGCUGCGGCGACGGCACCUGCAUCCCCCAGCGGUGGCUGUGCGACGGCCGGUCGGACUGCGCGGACGGCGCGGACGAGCGCAACUGCACGAGCAUCUGCCCCGACGACCACUUCAGGCAAGCACCAGCCCCUAGUCUGUGGGACUUGAGAGAUACACUGUGGGACAUUAGAAAUAUCCUGUGGGCAUUGCCAAAUAGCCAUCGACUGGUGAGUGAAACUAGCGCCAUGGUUCACGGUUUUGCGUUCCAGGUGCAAAUGCGGCUCCAGCAGUUAAUGCAACUCUAG